AUGAGUGAAACAGCCCAUACAUCUGAUUCGGAAAUGGAUGAUCCGAACAAAAUUACAGAUGCCGUAUCAUGUUUAGAUUAUUUAAAACGAAGAGAAGUAUUCCUUUAUAAAAUGAUGAAUGAUCCAAGUCAUAAAGCAAUGCUUUAUUUUCUUGAGGUUCUUAUGAAUUCUGAUAGUCCUAUCACUGUUGAUCAAUUAGCAGCACGUUUUUCGCAUAAAUCAUUCAGUGUAGAAAUGCGUGAUGCAUGCGGUGGUGGAAGCGCUGAAGGUUUACGUGCAUUUUUACAACGUUAUCCUUCAUUGUUUAAUGUAAAACCGAAUGGACAAGUGACAUCAGUCACUAUUGAAUUACCUGGCUUAGAUUCAAAUUACGGUGGUUUAUCCGAUCAAGAAAGUUGUUCAAUAAAAGAAAGUGGUCAGAAAUCAAUAACUGAAAAUUUAUCCAGCAGUUCUUCUUCAUUGCAAAGCUCCUCUUACAAUUUUGACUCUAAAUACUCAUCCAAAACAUGUCCAAUACCAUGUGUGCAAAAGGAAUAUACAUAUAGUCGAUUUCAGUCUAAUCGGAAACUGAAUCCUACCAGCACCACAAAUAAUAAUAUAAAUCAUAAUACCAUUAAUAAUAAUAAUCGAUUGAAUAGUACAAGUUGUUUAUCAUUAACAUCUGAUCAGUCGAUUGGUUCAUCUAAUGGAUCGUCGAACUUUGUAAAACAUUCAUCUGAUCAUUCAUUAGGACGUAAAAAGUCAUGGAAUAACUUCUCCAGUGGUGGCAUCGACACAACCAGUUACAAAAAUGUUGCCAAUACUACUAAUACUAAUGCUAAUACUACCACAAACAAUGAUAAUGAUGAUAAUCAACCACCUAUUGGUUUAUCUCCGAAAAACCCCUCAACAUUACGACCAAAAGCUUCAAAUGUUUACCAACCACCACAGUUACGUAAUCUUGAACAUGGAACCUCAAUAAUGUUAUCAUCUGGUUGUGAAUUAUGCUCUUCUUCAUCGAAUGUCCCUACUACGAUUAAUAGUAGUAAUUAUAAUGCCUUACUAAGUAAUCAUCAUGAGUUCUCUACAAUGACUAAUGGAACAUGUAUACACUGUCCAUUGAUAGAAUUAACCUGUCACCAUCAUACACAUCACUGUACAACUGCACAUCAUCAUUCAUCUUCAGCGCAUUGUCAUUGUACAAGCACUCCACUGACAGCAAAUCCAUCAGCUCCAUUAUUUCACCAUAUACAUGAUCCUAUUCAUAAAAUAUCACCAGCACAAACUACAUUACGAUCUCCAUCUAUACUACUACCAAACUAUUACAAUUUACCAGUAAUGGAGAAAUUCAUACUCGAAAGUGAAGCAGUACACUUUUUUCAACAGAAAUUAAUUAAACGGGAAGAACGUUGGAUACCAAUUAAAAGUUUAGCAGGACAUUUAUCGCAGGCCAGUCCAGAAGUUCGUGCUAUAGUUGGUCCACAGUUGGAAUUUCGACGUUUUCUUUUGAAACAUCCACAUGUUUUUGAAGUGCAGGGAGAUUUAGUUAGUGUAAAAGAUCCGUUCACUAGUGUUUUUGGGUUGAAAAGAUCUCACGAUCGUCCGUCGGCUAUUCACUCAAGUCGUUCAUCAUCGAAUCUAUCUAAUGCUGCACAAAGUUAUCUAUCACGUAAUAUACCAUAUGAGAGAAAUCCCCGACCCAAAUCACUUGUUUUACCGAAUAUGAUAAAUUUUGGACAUUUAUCAAAUGUAUCCGAUGGUGUUGGUGGUUAUUAUACACCAUCAUCAUCGAUUCAACGAUCCACUGCUGGAAGCCGCCAUCGCCGUUCAGCACAUUUUCUAAUUGAUAGUUCAACGAAAUCUCCUCAGAAUAAAACAUUAACUGAGUCAGAGAGUAUUAGCUCAGUGCCGGUAACACCUAUCAAUUCGAAUCUUGUAUCAGAUAUCAGUAACCGUGUGCAGACAGAAAGAAUAGCUGUCGAUAAAUCAACUAACAGCAUCAAUAAUAAUAAUAGUAGUAGUGAUGGUGUCAGUUCAACUUCAAUGACAGCAGCAAAUGACACAUCUUCAUUAACCAAUUCAUUACCUAGUGUUACAUUGAACACAAUGAACAGUAUUAGUUUAACUAUGUCCGCUAAUGAAUAUCGGGCAAUAAUGUUUUUACGUAAAGUAUUAGAAAAACAUGGUGGUGCAGCCGGUCAAUCUGGUUUAAAUCUACAUGAUGUAAUGCAAUUCUUAUCUAAUAAAGCACCUGAAACUGUUCAAACAACAAUUGGUUGGACUAAAAUUGAAUUAGAAGAAUUUUUAAAUCAACAUAAUCUAUUUUUUGAAUUAAAAUCAAUCAAAGCAUCAUUUAAUGAUGAUGAUGAUAAUGGAACAAAUGAUAAUUCUAAUCACCAUAGUGAUUAUUCACAAUUGAAACAACAAUGUCAACAACGUAAAUAUCAACAAUUGUGUAAUUCAAAUAUAGAUUAUAUUAAUGUAUGUAAUAAACGUUUAAAUCGUAUGGUUAAUAUUAUAAUUACUGCAUCAAAACCAAUGGAUUUAAAUGGUAUACGUACAUUGACAAAUCGUUGUGGCAGAAUAUUUCAUGUAGCUAAAUUAUGGGGAAUUAUUGAUUUGGGUAAACAUGAACAUGUAUUCUUUGAUAAAUCAAUAUUUCGUCAUGUAGAUGAUUUACAAAAACAUUUCAAAGUUGAUGAAAUUUUAUAUUUCAAUGCUGUUCUUGCACCGAAAGAAUCACGUGCGAAAUGGCGUGCCACUCAUGUUUGGAAAGAAUGUGAUCGUGAAAAUGUUGAAAAAUUUGGAGCAUUAUCUCAUAUGAAAAAAUUAAAUUCAUUAACUAAUAAUCGUAACAAAACACUCUUACAUAAUAUACAAAACUUUUAUGAAUCCGAUAUAGAUCAACGAAAUGGACAUAAUAAAUCAAGAUCACGUGAAGUUGCUAUCGGUACCAUGGAUCAUGAAGGAAAUGUUGGUACUACCAAAACUACAAUUUCUACUGCUGCUGAUGAUGAUACUGAGGUUGAAGAAGAAAUUGAAGAUUUUAUCGUUGAAACGUGUACAAAUAAUAAAGAAAGAGAGUUGGUCAAACCAAAUCUAAAUCAUCCAGUGGAUAACGACUCCGACUUAGAAUAUGCUUUAGCUGGUGAUGAGGAGAUUGAGGACGAUGGGGAUGAACCAUUUGUUUCACCGAUAGCACAUGAAGAAGGUUUACAUUUACCAAUUGAUAUAAAAUUUAUACCAGGUGAAGUCGAAGAAGAAAUGCAACGUGUGCUUAAUUUUCAGUCAAAACAUAAUCAUAAGAAAACUGGUAUCCAGCUAUUGUCAAACUCUAAAUCAUCAUGCCUUGAAUUAUACGAUUCAAGUCACUCAACAGAAUUAUGUAAUCAAACACAAUCAGAGCCAUGUUAUAUAAAAAGCAGUGGUAAUCAUACGACAGCUAUGAUUAAUAAUAAUGACGAUAAUUAUAUUUAUAAUGACAAUAAUAAUGGUCACAAUCGACAUCAGAGCCUUGUGACUUCAUCGACUCAAUCCUCAACGAAACCAAUGAAAAAUACCCUAAAUCAUUUAUCUAAAGAAGAUAGUGGAACAUCAAGUUCGCUAUCUGAAAUGAGUGGUGUAUCUAUAGCUGUUCAAACCGUCUCAACGGGUGAUAUAAUGACAACGCAGUUAUAUCAUGAUAAUAAAGCAUAA